AUGACCGAAACAAUAAAUGACGAUGAUUUAUUACCAGUAGGAGUUAAUUCUCUAUCAGAUUAUACACCAAAUAAACUCUAUCUACUUUUAUCGUCAGCCGUACCUGUAGAAUUAACAACAUCUAGAGUAUUAACACCAACGGAUUCAGAAGAUUCCUCUCAAAUUUCUCAAAUUUCACAAGUUUCACAAAGUUCACAAAGUUCGCAAGUUUCGCAAGUUUCGCAAGUUUCACAAGUGUCACAAAAACCAACGCCUCAGAAACGAAGUUUUAUUCGUCAAUUUAUACCACUUACACGUAAUCGUUCCGCACCACUUGAAAACGAUGAAAAUAAACUUGAUAAACAGUUACAUCAUCAGCACCAACAGCAACAACAACAGCAACAGCAACAACAACAACAACAGCAACAGCAACAGCAACAACAACCACAACCACAACCACUACCACGAUAUCCAACACCAUCACAACCACCACAUCCAACUCCACCACAAUUACCACUACAACUACAACUACAACAAUUAUCCCAACAAGUACUAUAUCCACAACCAGCUCAACCUAUAGAUCGAUGUGAUAUGCGUGUUGUAAUUAUUCGUCAUGGUGAACGUGUUGACCGGUAUUUUGGAGCUAAUUGGUAUAUGACAGCAUUUGAUCAAAACGAACAAUAUCGUCCUUAUCAUCGAAAUUUUCCAUCAAGUUUGCCACUUCGAGCAAAUAAAUAUUUCUGGGCUGUUGAUACACCUUUAACAUCAACAGGUUUACAUAAUGCAGAACAACUUGGACGAGUACUACAAUCAAAACAUUUUCGGCCUAAUUUUAUUUAUGCAUCACCAGCUAUGCGUUGUGUUUUAACAACAAUUCAAAUUAUAAAAGGUCUUGGAUUAGAAAAUAAAAUACCAAUUCGUAUUGAACCUGGUUUAUUAGAAUUAGGUGCUGCAAGAUUUGGUAUGAAUGUUUUUUUUCAACCAGCUGAUUGGUAUAAACAUGGUAUCAAUGUUGAUGUAUCUUAUCAACCUAUUGUUGCACAUGUUCCUCUCUAUGAACGUGAAGAUGCCUAUUAUCUUCGUUCAAAACAUGUUAUACGUGAAAUUGAAAAACGACAUGAUUCAGCAUUAGAAUUACCUAAUAUUCUUAUUGUUGCUCAUGCAACAUCACCAGAAACUUUAACAUGGGAUUUAAUUGGAAAGCAACCAAUUUUCAGUGAUUUGUAUAGACUUUCGUUAAAUAUAGCUUAUUUGCAAACGGUUAUAACUGAACGUAAGCAAGAAAAUAAAUUAUGGUCUAUAAAACCAAUAAGAUGGUCUUGA